AUGAACAGAACAUGUAAUAGUAAAGUCAAAAAUCCUUGCAAGAUUUGCAUGCAGACAGUUUGCAAUAAAAAUGGCCUGCAGUGCCAAGGUGUUUGCAAAAGAUGGGCUCAUUACGCCUGCUUGAAAUACACUCCUGGAAAAAUUCAGGAUAUCAAAGCUGGCUUAAUAAAAAUUAUCUGUCCAUGUCCCGAUUGUGCUUCGGUCGAGCCGAAAGCCAAAGAAAAAGCUCAAUGCAAAACGAAAAAAAGUUCAGAAAAGCAUUCUAAGGGCUCUGUUGAUCGUUCAACAAAGAAACAAAGGCCAAUACCUCCGGUGCCAGUUCCGCAGUCACCAUGUUGCUCUUCCGAAUCUGCAGAAUCACUCCAUAACAUACCGUGCGGCCCAAAUCCACCUUGUGUGAGUCCAAAACAGACUCAGAAUGAGCCGAAAUGUCCACCGCCGUCUUUCAAGAAGCCUUCCGUGAAGCAUAGCUGUGGGCCAGAUAAUCAAUGUGUGACCAGGGGAUCAAAUGCAAAAGUUCAACAGAAUGAGGCCAAAACUAAAAAUAGGAACGUUUGUCAGGAGUUGUCUCCCAUUCCUUCUUCAUCAUCGGGCUCACUGCCAUCGUUUUCGGCACAAAUGUCUAGAUCCUGUUCUUGUCUAUCACACGAGCCAAAUCAGAAACCAAAUGCCGUGAAGUCAGUAUCUGAUUCGAAUAUCCCUUCAAACAACUGUCAACUCUUCGAUGCUUUAGAGGAAAUGUGUAAAACUGUCGGACAACUAUCAGUUCAACUAAGGGACCUCAUGUGUCAAAUGAUUGACUCAAUACAGAAAAAGAAUAAUAAAGCUUUAGUUAUGUAA